AAUCUCAAUAAUAAUAUAUAUUAGGUAUAACGUUGUGGUAGUAGUUUUUUUUGACAAUAAUUCGGGUCGACCGGUUUCGGUGCAAUUAUGAUCAAUAGCCCGUGCGAACAACAGGUGGACGAACCGUUAGACCAUUCAAAAGAAUUAGUCCUGUCCUCGUCCUUCAACAACCGGAAUUCGUCGUACGCCGGACCCUUAGAGAACGGUAUCGAAAUCCACAAGCGAACAGCAGGAGCGUUCGACGUCCCACAGCAAACGGACAAUGUGUACUUGCAUUUGUCGAGCAAACCUAUUAGCCAAAAGUUGGAAAACUGGAAUCAAGACGACCGCACUGUGUACCAGCAAAAUCCCACGAAACCAGAAAUAAGAUCACCGGAUUGCUGUGGUAGAUCUAGUAGAUACUUUACGGAUCACUAUUACCCACAUUCUCCAACUAACUUCAGAAGUAUAACCACAAGAAACCUGUACUACGAUUACUACGACCCGAUGACUUACAAAAAAGAUGCCGAAUCCAAGUACUAUGGCGACGCCAACGGAAACGCCACUAGGUACACGGGCCAAGGUGGUUCGCCGUUGUUUUUUAGCAAGUCCGACGUUUUUAACUACCACACGACGCAUAUGCGCAUCCAACAGUCGCCUCAGCCGCCGCCGCCGCCGCCGCCGCCUCCGGCCAAAGACAUCAACGAAGGCACGUUAUCGGACCUACGGCGCUCUGUCCAGGCGGACCACACGGACCCGCCCGUCGGAGGAUACGCCGGCGGUUCGUCGACGCAGCAGCCUCAACGUCGGGGCGCGCUACAGCUCUGGCAGUUUCUGGUCACGCUGUUGGACGACCCCAACAACUCGUCUUGCAUAGUGUGGACCGGCCGGGGCAUGGAGUUCAAGCUGGUCGAACCGGAAGAGGUGGCUAGGAGAUGGGGACUACAAAAGAACAGACCGGCCAUGAACUACGACAAGCUGAGCAGGUCGCUCCGGUACUACUACGAGAAAGGCAUCAUGCAAAAAGUCGCCGGCGAGCGGUACGUUUACAAAUUUGUUUGCGACCCCGAGGCGCUGUUCAACAUGGCGGCCACGUACGAUUACGCCGUCUCCGGUACGUCCGGCCCCUCGGCCGCCGCCGCCGGUACAACUGCCGCGCCGCCGAUGGCGCAUCACCAACAUCACCAUCAACACCAACUGGCCACCAGGUACGCGGCGGCCGCGGCCGCUGCUGCUGCGGCCGCCGCCGCGGCCAACAUGCACCAUCAUCAUCAUCAUCACCACCACCAGGCGGCCGCGGCCGCCGGUCCCGCGUACGACUGCGUCGACGACGGCGGCUACUACAACGGUGGCACUUGCAAAACGACUGCGUUACACGCAGUUGCGUAA